AAGAAGAAGGCGGAGCUCGGCUGUUGUGUUUGUUUCUUUAGCUCCAAACUUUGGUCCAACUUCACUGAAACCUGAAUUAAUCGAUUAUUUGAAGAAAAUCAAAGGAACCACGGGACUUGGCGGGGGUUCCCCCUGGACGGAGCCGGGCUGGUUCAUCGAGACUCGGGAAUCCGGAUCAUCCCCUCCAGCAGAGAGCGGUCUGUUAACAUGGACGGCCAGCAAGGAGCUCCGGGACUCUCUGGUGGACAUGUACACGGCUAAUCCCAAAGUGAACAUCGAGCUGCGACAGCGUCUGCCUUCACCCGGCCGUCAGAGAGCCGGCAGCCCCGACAGAUCCAGGAUCAGCAGGAGUGUGGAGCUCAGCGACGGGCCUGAAGCGCCUCGACACCUCCAGGAUCCUCCCACCUCCAGCUCCCCCUCCCCGCUGUCCCACAGGAGGUCUCUCUCUCCAGUCUCCCCCCUCUCCCACAGGAGGUCUGCCUCCCCCAUCUCCCCCCUGUCCCAUAGGAGGUCUCUCUCUCCUGCCUCACCCCUAAGAGGAGGUGUAGGGGACAUGGAGCUCGACCUCCCCCCCAGUCCUGGCCCCUCUCCACGGCCGGAGAGCAGAGGAGACGUCUCUGAUGGAGGUCGGGUGUCCAGAGGUCCUGGGAGUCCUGCUGUCAGAAGACACCUGGUGAAGACCGAGGACAGCUCUCAUCAGGAGGUCACGUUUGGACCAAUCACAGCGUCCAGUCGGGUUCAGACCUUUGACCGGGAUAAGAACAUCUCGUUUCUCCUGAAGGAGCUGGAUGCUCUGAGAGACAUCAACAAGAAGCUGCAGGAUCAGCUGGUCCAGAAGGAGAAGGAGCUGCAGAGGAGGGAGGUGGAAGAGGAGCUGAGAGAGGAGCAGAGGGAGGCCCAGAUCUGGGAGAGACCCACAGCCAUGUUAGGGGAGGUAUUAUCGGCCCAGAAGGACAGGGAUCAGGCUCUGAUGUCACGCCUCCUGCUGGCCAAUGAGGAGAGAGACGAGGCUCUGCUGAGAGCACGCCAACUGCAGCACGCUGCCGAGUACGGAACCCUCCGGCUGGACGGCGUUCACCUGGAGGACAGCGACAUGGAUGUGGAGGAGCUCCUUCAGAGCGUCUGUGACGCCGAGUCCAUGCAGGAGGUCCAGCAGUUUGGCGCCGCGUUGGUUCAGCGUCUGCAGCUGGCGAAGCAGCGGAGAUGUGAUAUCACGGCGCAGGAGAUGAAGGCGGUGAUGGAGGAGAGAGACGGCUCCAUCGCCAAGUGUAAACGUCUGGAACAGGAUCUGAUCCAGGAGAGAGAGCAGAGGGCGACCAAGGAGGAUCUGCUGAGGCUUCAGAGAGAAAGAGGAGGGGCUCUUGAGGACAAGCAGCGCCUGGAGGUGGAGCUACAGGCCCUACGAGCCAAUCACAGCUCUCAGGAUCUCCUCUCUCCUCCUCCCUCAUUACUCGCAAACAGCGCCUCUCCUGCCGGAUCAUUGGUGGACGGCCAUGAAGCCCCACCCCCUCAGGCUGCACACCUGCUGGUCCAGGUGCAGCAGCUUUCAAGGGAGAAGCAGAGCAUGGAGGCGGAGCUUCAGCGCUGUCAGGAGGCGGAGCGAGAAGCCAGUGAGCGAGUCCGCAGGUUGGAGCGGCUCGUGGAGGUUUUGAGGAAGAAGGUCGGGACGGGGAGCCUGCGAGCCGUUAUCUGAUUCCUUCUUCUACCACUAAACUCUUAAAUUUUCUGUUUUAUUUUGUUUUCUCUCAGUUUCAUUUAUGGGGAAAAGAAUCCCAUGGUGCCUAACCUGCAGUAUUCUCACCUUCUAUCUGUCUAAAGAGUUUUAAACACCAAAAAAGUUUGACUUUAAAGAUUUUUGCUCUAAUUUAAAGAUGAUGCUGUGAUCAGCUGAUUUGAUCUCUUUUAUUUUGGUAUUUCCUGUGUAUGGAGCUGAUUUGAUCUCUUUUAUUUUGGUAUUUCCUCCUGAUAUGAUGGGUACUGACAUGUUUUUACUAAAUAUAAUUCUCUGUGUGGUUUUAACGUGAAAUAAAAAGUUUGUGAUAA